CAAGGCGAUCUCAGCAGCAGCAAAUACCUGUGGUGGAUUUCCAGGCGGAACUGAGACAGGCAUUCUUAGCUGAGACACCAAGAGGUGGUUAAAGCAGUAUUGGAACAUCCAGGUAGCUGAUUUCCAAGUGAAAAAACAGACUGUGGGAAAGAGCAGCAAGAUGCUGCAGCACAUUGACUAUAGAAUGAGAUGUAUCUUGCAAGAUGGCCGAAUCUUCAUUGGCACCUUUAAGGCUUUUGACAAGCAUAUGAACUUGAUCCUCUGUGAUUGUGAUGAAUUCAGAAAGAUCAAGCCAAAGAAUGCGAAGCAGCCAGAGCGUGAAGAAAAGCGGGUUUUGGGUCUGGUGUUACUACGUGGGGAGAACUUGGUUUCCAUGACUGUGGAAGGACCACCCCCCAAAGAUACUGGCAUUGCUCGGGUACCACUUGCUGGAGCUGCAGGAGGUCCUGGGGUUGGCAGGGCAGCUGGCAGAGGAGUGCCAGCUGGUGUUCCAAUUCCCCAAGCUCCUGCUGGAUUAGCAGGCCCUGUCCGAGGGGUUGGGGGGCCAUCCCAACAGGUAAUGACUCCACAGGGAAGAGGCACUGUAGCGGCUGCUGCAGUUGCUGCCACUGCCAGCAUUGCUGGAGCCCCAACUCAGUACCCACCAGGACGGGGGACCCCACCCACUCCUGUGGGCCGAGCAACACCACCUCCCGGCAUUAUGGCUCCUCCACCUGGUAUGAGACCACCCAUGGGCCCACCAAUUGGGCUUCCCCCUGCUCGAGGGACGCCAAUAGGCAUGCCCCCUCCAGGAAUGAGACCCCCUCCACCAGGAAUUAGAGGUCCACCUCCCCCAGGAAUGCGUCCACCAAGACCCUAGGAUACUGUUGAUCCUUCCUAAGUCACCCUUUUCCCUGCAAUGUGUCUUGUGAAAUUGUGUAGAGUGUUUGUGAGCUAUUGUUUCCUCCUUGCUGCAUUAAUAUUAGCUAAUAAAUGCACAGAGCAAUUAAACUGCGAGGUACUGUUGUAUGUUGUACAAUUUUUUGCCUGUUGAUUUUAUUGAGAUCAAAGUGAAGACUGGGAUUUUCUGGUCUUAAAGUUAUUAUGGACUAGGUGAAUUCUGUUAAACAAUGCAUUUAAAUAAUUUUCUCUUUAAUUCUUAAGAUAAAAUGGUUGUGAUACCUGAUUAAGCUUCCUAACUUUCACUUUGUGCAUUGAGUGGUAUCAGUCCAUAACCUUGACACAAAAGAAAACCCUUAACCAGGGGGUUAAGUGGCUAGGCUAAGCCUC